AUGGGCAAGGCCCGAGAAGUUUUGAAGAACUUCACCGAGUUCCAAGCCUACUGUUACAUUCUUAUCCCUAAUCUUAGUUUGCUAUGGUUUAGUUUAGUUGACCACGCCUGCCAACGGAAGUUGAAGGAACCCAGCACAAGCGCCGUGGAUCGGGACACGGGUGCUUUUCUCCUUCGCAAACUUUCACCGUCCGGACAGCACAGUAAGGCCUCGGAAUCUGAUGCUGAAGCGGCCGAUAGUUCUUCGUCAACAUACAGCGAGGUGUCGGCUGCUUGCGACUCCGAAAUUACACCCGGGCCAACCAAAGACGAGCAACUUGUCAACGACGCUCUGCUGCUGUUCCUGAGGGCUCUCUUGGUUUAUCAACCUGAGUUAAAAUGCCAAUGGACAGCGCACCGCUCGCCAUUUUCUACUGCAGUUUUUGGCAGGAACCAGAUGAAUGCGCGUACAGACGGCUAUUUGGAAGCAAAUGGCGAGGUCUUCGCUAUCAUCGAGGUUAAGCCAAACAUUCGGGCCCCAAGUGUACGCCCGGAACUUUUAUGGCAAGAGACAGGCGAGAUGAUUGCGUGGAUCAUUGUAGAGUGA